CGGUUAUGUGAGCGCGCGCGCAUCACUUGCCGGCCCACAGUCGCACGCGCAACCCGUCGUUUGUGCUCACACGACAUUUACCGCGAAUUUUGAAUAUAUUGUUGGAAAAUAAACUUAACAAACAUGUACAAAUCUUUGAUAAUUCUUUGUGUGGUGUACUGUGUUGUAAUUGAGGCUCGUCCCAAAUGGCAAGUCCUGCCACCCAUGCCAGGCUACGUGCCAGUCUACAUCAGGCCGGGCGACACCCCUCUUGAAGAAAUCAACCUGGACUUAGCAGAGGCCUUCCAUGAACUGCCCUCAGGAAGGAGCGUGGGCAAGCAAGUGGAGGCUUCUCCUGAGGCCCCAGAGCAAGCAGACCAGCCCCAACCAGACGAGGUCCCAGCCCCCGCCGACGAAAUAGUCGACCACCGUCCAUACGAAAAGAAAAUUCUAGAAAAGAAAAAGAAAACCGACUCCGAAAUCCCCAAACCGAUCGAACGUAGAUAGAUAAAAACGUACUUAAGCCCUUUAUUUUUAAGUUAUUAAUAUUAAUUCUAAAAUAAUAAACAACAAAUUUCGAAUACUCAGUUUUCUGAAAGCUUGCCAUUAGCUUUAUUUAUUUGAAGUUAUUUAUUUAACUCAAUGUGUAAUCGUAGCUGUUCGCCAUCUUGUAUUUAGAGUACUAUCGAUUCUUAUUGAAGUAAAUAAUUUAUUUCUAUU